CACAAGACGUACGGUCAACAUGAUCGAGCUCACUACAUCUCGACAAUGGAAGGAGGAGCCAGUCAUCGACUACAUCAAUAGGUGGAGGAACUUAAGUCUGAAUUGCAAGGAUCGUCUGUCUGAGGCUUCUGCCACUGAGAUGUGCAGUCAAGGUAUGAGUUGGGGUCUUCGUUAUAUCCUUCAAGGUAUUCGGCCGAAAACAUUCGAAGAGUUAGCGACUCGCGCCCACGACAUGGAGCUAAGCAUGACCGCAAGCGGAGCUAAUGGUCCUCCAAUCCAAGAACCCCAAAGCUCGAAGGAUAGAUACGAGCAAAAUAAAGGGGGCAAGUUUUCCUCGAAACCUCAAAAUAAGGAGUCCAUGAUGAUCAAUGCUAUGCCUGUCAAGUUCAAAGAAAAAGCUGCUGAUAAAGCCAUCGAAAAGAAGGAUGUCCCCAAGGAAACUGAACAAAGAAGAUUGACUCUGAAGGAAAUGCAAGCAAAGCAGUACCCGUUCCUUGAUUCAGAUGUCUCUUGCAUAUUUGACGAUCUGAUGGAAGCAAAACUCAUUGAGUUACCCGAGAUGAAGCGUCCCGAAGAAGCUGGUAGGGUGAAUGACCCAAAAUACUGCAAAUACCACCGUCUUGUAGGGCAUCCAAUUCAUAACUGCUUCGUAUUCAAGGACAAGGUUAUGCAGCUGACACACCAAGGAAAAAUUUCACUAGAAGAAAGUAGUGCAACUGCUAAUCAUAUAAGCGAAGCUUGCAACAUGACAAAUAAGCACGAAGCUCCGCUGGAAGAAAACAAUUUGCCUGAGGUUGAGAAUCACCAUGUUGAUAAUGAUUCCAUGAUGGUCUUUACUGAUGAAGAUCUGCUGCUUGGUUCUAAGCCUCACAACAGACCAUUGUUCGUGGCCGGCUAUGUGCAAGAGCAAAAGGUUAACCGAAUAUUGAUUGAUAGAGGAUCAGCAGUCAACAUCUUGCCUCUUCGCACGCUAAAAGAGUUAGGAAUGACUACAGAAGAACUUGGUAAUAGUCGAUUGAUGAUUCAAGGCUUUAACCAAGGGGGGCAAAGAGCUCUUGGCAUCAUAAGGUUGAGGUUGCUGAUGGAAGAUAUGGAAUCAACUGUUAUGUUUCAUGUCAACGAUGCAAAAACUUCUUACAAUAUGCUUCUUGGUCGUCCAUGGCUUCAUGAGAAUGGCGUGGUUCCGUCCACAUGGCAUCAAUGCUUCAAAUAUUGCAAAAAUGGC